AUGUCCCUAACAACUCUCCCAACUAAAGCCCUAACCCCCCUCCUAACCCUCUUCAACAACCACCGUACCCUCAUAACCGGGUCCGCCGUCUGCGUCGCCGCCGUAUUCGGGCUCUCCGUGCUCUCGGACCUAAUCGAAGACUACAAUGAAUGGUACGAGCUAGGUCCAAACGGCAUCCCACUGAACUUCUUCGGGUACAUAGCGCAGAAGCUGGCCACCCCUCUCGCGCGCACCGAUGUCCGCGACCCUAUCGGCCCGUACGAUUUGGCUAAGAUGUCGAAGCUGUACGGGCCGAUCGUGUUGACGCCGUUCUUAGACGACAUGUACCACGACGUAGGAGAAGAUGGAGAAGCGGGACUGCGGCGGCGACCGGGCGAGAGACCUGUGGUUCCCGGUUACGUGGGCCCGCACCGACAGACGACGCAGAAGGCCCCCGCGGCUAUACGCGCUAAGCAGGAUGCCUUCCUACACGACUUAGCUGCGGCGAAUCCGGCGCUCUUCGAGGUAAAGCCGUCGAGUUUGGAGGGCCCGUAUUUCAACGCCAUAUGGAUCAAGGACUCGGUGCCCCAGCGCGACGAGAUCAAACACCUCCACGGCGAGUUCGCGCACCCACACGGCGAGGGCAGCACGCACUUAGUUCUGAGCUUGGCUGAUGCUGCUACGGCUAUCGAGGCCUGUUGGGCUGAGCGUCAUCGUAUGAGCGGGGUUGGCAAUCUGAUACCCUGGGGUUUCGUGAUGAUAUAUGCGCCGCGGGAUGAUGAUGAGUUAGAAGUCUGGAAGAUGUUUAUUGUUGUGAGUGCUCGGUAUGCGCUUGGUGGCGAGACAGAGGUGAAGAUGCCCUCGCCGGCUUCGCCGAAGUCUUCUAAGAAGAACUAG